GAUUGUAUUGACCGUUACACUAUCUGACCCGCGGCAGCGGUGCCUCCACCCGCUCGAAACGGGGGCAUCCCUUCGGAGGGUCGACGUACCGAGCGCCCACUAUCUCAAGCGAGCGCGUCCCUAGCAUUGUGCAAGUCGAGACCGCGUAACCAGGUGUACCCUUCCGCGGUGAGUCCGUGCGCACCCUUGCCCGCUCACCCCGUUUCCCUCGGCUCGCCGUGUCGUGCUCUGGUUGGUCGUCCGCCCGGCGGGCUCGGUGCGUUCCUCCGUUGCCCUCGUAAGAUCGGUGUGCCGGGGUCGUAAGCAGCCGCUUGGACGUGAUGGAGCAGAGCCUGGCUCCGACAAACGCUCUGCGCACAGACCAUGUACGACGCGGGAGAACGGGGCGGCCCUUCUCCCUCCUCCUCUCCCCCAUCCCUGGCAUUCCUCGCGAACGGCUCCGUAUCGCGUGCGACGGCACUGCGCUCGCCGACCAAUACUCUUUGCUUCUAGCCCUCCCGACGAGAUGGAUGCGACGGGCGAUGUGGACGGCGGAGGUAUCACGGCCGCGCGGGGCCAUCCUGGUACGCGAACGUUCCGUGGCGCGUGUGUACACUGACCAGCUAAGGGAUGCCGGCGGCUGCGGACGCAUUCCUGUGAGACGUUACCUGCCGUACGACCGCCGUGCGGCACUCGUCCACUGCGCACGCUCGUAGCUCGCCGCGAUCAUCCAGGCCUCCUGUCGUGAACGGGAGCCCGCGCGGCUGGCUGUGCGCGAAUGACACUCCAGGAGCGGGACACCCGCGCAUCAGCACCUUCGUAAGGGCCCGCGCACCCCUGUUGUCACAGGAUCGCGCCUACCGCGUGCGCCCGAACCGGGCCUCUCCCGGAUGAGGUUAUUCGAGCCCGGGCAAGUCCGUCUCUUCGCCAGAGAUUCACCGCAUCGUGUCGGACCCUCCUCAGAUGCAACCACACCGUUCGAUGCAUACGCCAGCUUCCGCGACGUCCGGAAGAACUCGAUGGGGCCUGCGCAGUGCGACGCCGUGCAUGCAGCCAUCGUCUUGCCAGACGAUACGAGAGGAGUUCCGGACGAGCGACGCAACGCGAAGGCGAGUGGACAAGACUAACGGGGGCGGCCUCGUAGGCGGCGGGGCAUGAUGAUGCUCUCCCCAUUCUCGGCCUUCCGCUUGCCUCUCGACGCUCGCAGGCGAACCCCACGCGCUCGACUCUCGUGUCACCGCCAAUUCGAUGCUGCAGCACACGAAGGUGAGCGAUGCG